UCAAGCUUUCCUCCGACAUUCACGUCACCUGAUUUCAACUGACUCCUUCCUACUUCCACUGGUGAAAUCCGAUGGACAGAAUUGCGAGUUAGUAUUUCAGUCUUCCAACCCAACACUAACAGCAUAAACCGCGUUACUAUAUUUCAGUCAUCAAACCAAUCGAAAGGGUCAGUUCAAAGCAACAUUUCACCCCUUUUUCUUCCUGGGAGAUGAAGGUAUUCUGUGAGAAGUUCAAGGGAAAGGUCAGCUCUGAUGACUAUUCGGCCAUGCUGGAGCACCUUCAUGCCUACAGCAGUGGAAGAAUCACUGUGAUCCGUUUGAAGGAGAUGAUGGAGGAUUUGCUUGGAAAAUACCCUGGAUUAUUUGACCACUUUCUUCAUCUUUUCAACGCCUCUCAUGGUUUGCCACCACCAUUACAAUCAGCAAAGACCAUCAACAAAAGGAAGAGAUCUGCAGGUUCUGAGGAGGGAGUUGGAGAAACCCAUGUACGCAACAAGAAGAUCAUCAGGCUGAGGUUAACUUCUAGUUCAGUUCCAAUCCUUGACCACCCUGAAUCUACUUCAAGAAACGAUCGUCUGUCUCGAGCAUUAAGGUUCUGUGACAAAGUUAGGAAGGAAACCAGUUCUGAGAAAUAUCUGGCCUUGCUGCGAUGCCUGCACUAUUAUGGCACUGGAAAAAUCACAAAGGAUGACAUGAUGAAGUUGAUGGCCGACGAGUUUUCAGAGUUUGAGCAAGAUUUUCGCCAGGUUUUGGAGUUUUAUGAGAGUUUAAGUCAGCCAUCACCGAAAGCUGGAGACAAAGCGAAAAAACCAAACAAAGAAAUCAAGAGUAGUACUACACAAAGACAGGUUGAUGAGUUGACACCAAGCUAUCGAUUUCUUCCAAAGAAUCUUUCAGCAAAAGAGAUCAGUAGCGGCAGCGAACCUGGCGAUCUUGAAGUACUGAAUAACUGUUGUUAUUCCAAGGGUUUGUUCAACAGUGGCAAGGUAAGGCGUGUAGACCCUUACGAAGAAAUGUUGAAUGAGCAUGAGGAUUACUUGUAUGAGAGAGAUAUGUUGCUGGAAUGGCUGCGUUCGACAAAGAAGAAUGCAACUAAGUUAUACGAAGCCAUAAGCGAGGGUAAAAUUAAGCAGCCAAAUCCGGAGGAGGUGGACAACUAUUUUACUCCUUAUAAUUUCAGAUUUAUAGAAAGAAUGUACGGAAGUAUUCACGGAGCUGCAAUGGUGGAUGAACUUCGUCAGGCAGCCCACAUUGUUCUCCCUUUCAUUAUGAAGAGGCUAGAUCAGAUCAAUUCAUUUUCUUACCAACCAACCUGUUAA